AUGAACAGGACAUCUGUAAUCAAGUCCAUCUCUCCGCAAAAGGUGCCGAAAUCUGAUCCGACAAGCACCACAAACGUGCUGAAGUGUUUCAUGCGCCAUCACAAGCGGUCCCUGGAGGAAUUGAAGAAGAAGUCGAACGAGAUGUCCGAGAAAAUGGAAAAAACUGAGAUUUACAUUGCCGAGAAAAACCAGGAAAACGCUCAAUUGAAGAAACAGCUGCAAGAUAUUAAGGAGCAACUGGAGAAUGUGAAGGAUACAUGUAAUGGUUUAUCUAAGGAAAACUAUGAGCUGAAGGAGAAGUACAUGUCUUGCCACAAGAAGUAUAUUGAAUUAGAGAUUUCCUAUGAUACAGAAUUCACAAAUUUGAAUGCCAACAUGGUCAAACAGAAAGCUGAUUUAGAAAGUGCUAACCGUCUAAAUGCACAGCUGAGGGCUGAGCACAUCGAGCAACAGCAGGAGGCGGCCCGAAUCCAGGCCGUGUUGAUGCAGAAGGAAAGCCAAUUGAUCGAAAUAAAACUGAAGGCAGAUGAACUGCAGGCCUAUAGUUUCGAACUGAAGGCGGCUUUUGACGAGUAUAAGAAGAAUAUGUCCCUGAAACAUGAGCACGACACCACCAAAUUGGCAGAAGAGGUGAAGGAGCAGGCGUCUACAAUUCGUCAGCUUAUACAAAACAACGAGGAGCGUGACGUUGAGUUGCAGUUAGCUUUAUCUAAUCUGAAAAAGGCUGAGGAGUAUAAUGGAGAUCUUUUAAAUCGUAAUAAUCAGUUGUCGAAUGAGGUGUCUGACAUUGCUAACCGUAUGAGAGUUGAAGUAGAGAAUCAUAACAAGAAGACUGGGGAAUUAAAUAUGCAGAUUGUGCAAAUGGUGUCUGAAACAAAGCGUUAUCAAUCCGAAAUUGCUAAGCUCGUAGAGACAAACAACACUUUAAAGAAUGUUAAUCUCGAGGCUGCUACUGCCAUGGAAAAUGAGAUGGCUAAGGCUAAUCAGGAUAUGCUUGAUCUGAAGAUGAAGUGUGAACAACUUCAGAAGGAGCAUUUGGAUACAACCAAAACCUUAUUAGCCGAAAAGGCCGACUUGGAAGAUAAGUUGCAGGCUCUGAAGGAAGUCCAUGAGGCAAACAUCGUAGCACUGGAGGCUGAAAUACGCCAAAAGGAAGAAGUCCGUUCGGAGUUUGAACAAAAAGUUGCCGAACUGGAACGUCAGAAAAAUUAAAAAGCGCUUUGCUAACCACUAACCAGACCCAACCGAAUACUAACAAAACCAGUCCAUCGAAAUCCAUACCUGUAAAUUCAAUAGCCCCCACUGAGAUUUCAACAGACGAAGGCACACCUGCACGCCGCAGGCAAAUUAAGCGACCUCUUGCUACACUUUACAAUUCUGAUUAUAACACUGAAACCGAGGAUGAGUUUGAGAACGAGAUAGGUCAUAAUCCUACAGCCGCU